AUGCCGCGGAGAAAGCAGCAAGCGCCGCGGCGCGCCGUAGCAUAUGUCCCUGAGGAUGAGAAGGAAGCAGCCCUCUUGGAUGAGGACCUGGAUGAGGAAGACUCAGCCCAGGAAGGGGACGAGCCUGCUGCCAAACUCAUAUGUCAGGACAAGGAUUUCCUUCUUAAGGACAGACCUGGAUCCACUGGCAUUCGUGACUCCCCCAAUGCUGACUUUUCUGGUCAGGAGCUGGACAGUGAGUCUCACUUAAGUGAAUCCAGUGACAGACUGUCAGAUUUUGAGAGCUCUUCACUUAAAAAUGAGGAUGAUGUCCUACUUUCUAAAGACCCCAAUGCACUGUCCAUAUCCUCUUCCUCUGCCAUAAUGGCAGCAGCCAAUGUUGCUGCCUCAAACCACCACAACAGGAUGAGUAUGGUUCAACAUCCUACAGUGGCUGUAUCCACCGCUUCUACAGAGCACAACCUUUUUAGCACUGUCCAGCUUUACCGGCAGAGCUCCAAGCUCUAUGGCUCCAUAUUCACAGGAGCCAGUAAGUUUCGUUGUAAAGACUGCAGUGCUGCUUAUGACACUUUGGUAGAGCUCACAGUGCAUAUGAAUGAGACAGGCCAUUACCGUGAUGAUAACCUUGAAACAGAUGGUGAGGGUGCUAAACGCUGGUCAAAACCAAGAAAACGUUCUUUACUUGAGAUGGAGGGGAAAGAGGAUGCACAAAAAGUUCUUAAGUGUAUGUACUGUGGGCACUCCUUUGAAUCCCUUCAGGACCUAAGUGUCCAUAUGAUCAAGACAAAACAUUACCAAAAAGUGCCUCUGAAAGAACCUGUUACACCAGUGGCAGCUAAGAUUAUCUCCUCAGCUCGGAAAAGAGCCCCCAUUGAUCUUGACUUACCAAGCUCACCUGACUCUACUGGAGGUACAACACCAAAGCCGCCUUCCCUCAAUGACACUAAUGACCUACUUCAAAAGGUUACCAACCCCUACAUCACGCCUAACAACCGCUAUGGACACCAAAACGGUGCAAGUUACGCCUGGCAGUUUGAAUCCAGGAAGUCACAGAUACUGAAAUGCAUGGAGUGUGGAAGCUCUCAUGACACACUGCAAGAGCUAACUGCUCACAUGAUGGUAACAGGACACUUUAUUAAAGUAACAAACUCUGCCAUUAAGAAAGGGAAACCAAUUAUGGAGUCAUCCACCCAUGCCCCAAUGUCCAAUUUAGCAGCUGAAGAGAAGGUUCAGUCUGUUCCCCUGGCCGCUACAACUUUCUCCCCUCCUCCUGCUCCAGUGCCUCCACCAACCAGUAUCUCACCAACUGCAAUGGUUGUGGAAAUAAAAAAAGAGGAAAAAGAAGAAGAAUGCACUAAAGAGACCAUCAUCAGCAAUGCCAACAAUCUCAUCAAAGAUAAGAAAACAGGAGGGGAGGAUGACACUGAGGAAAAGUUUGAUAUUUCUUCAAAGUACACGUAUCUGACUGAGGAGGAUCUGGAUGAAAAUCCAAAGGGGGGUCUUGAUAUCCUCAAGUCCUUGGAAAAUACAGUGACUUCAGCCAUCAACAAAGCUCAGAAUGGAGCUCCAAGUUGGGGUGGCUAUCCUAGUAUCCAUGCUGCCUACCAGCUGCCAAACAUAAUGAAGCUCUCUAUCGGUAAUUCUGGGAAGAGCUCUCCCCUUAAAUAUAUGUUCUCUGGAGGUGAAAUGAUCUCCCCAACAAGUAAGAGCCACCCACUUAUAUCACCUCCAAGCCGCCAAACCUCCCCACUGCCUAAAAACAACUUUCAUGCUAUGGAAGAACUAGUCAAAAAGGUAACAGAGAAAGUCACCAAAGUUGAGGAGAAAAUGACAGAGCCCAGUAGUGAGAGACUCUUGAGAGAGUCUCCUUUGAGACAAGCCACACCUUCACCAUGCAACAGUGAGGCUGAGGACUCAGCCAGAGGAGAAACACCUGAACAAAAUACAAUUAGAGAAAAUAGAGAGAGCAAAACCCCUGAGCAUACCAGUGAAACGGAAAAAGCAGGCAGAGAAGGAAUCGGAAUCACGCACAGAGAUUCAAAUAGUAAUGUCUCCAUGAUGGAUUCAGCAGAGAAUGGAGUGGAGACAGCCAGUGGAACAUCACCACUGCCGGCCUCUCUGUGUGGCAGUACAGCUAUCAUCACAGACCAUCCACCUCCAGAACAGCCUUUUGUCAACCCUCUGAGUGCACUGCAGUCAGUAAUGAACGUUCACCUUGGAAAGGCUGCUAAACCUGCCCUGCCCUCUCUUGACCCCAUGAGCAUGCUGUUUAAAAUGAGCAACAGCCUGGCAGAAAAAGCAGCAGUGGCGUCUUCCACCCCACCAGCACACACCAAAAAGACCAGUAAUGAGCCUUUGGACCGUUAUUUCUACCAGCAACAUCAAAGCAAUGACCAGCCUAUAGAUCUCACCAAAGGUAAAAAUGCUGCCAAAACUACUAAUGGUGGUUCUUUAGGUUCAACGGCUAUUUCUUCCAUUACCUCCACACCGUCCAUUUCCCCUUCCUCUGCUGUUACUAUGACAAAAGCCUCAGCUGCAGUCGCUUCAUUUAUGUCCACAUCCCCAUUGAGAGAAAAUGCCCUUUCAGAUAUCUCUGACAUGUUGAGGAACUUGACAGAAAGUCAGACUGUGUCAAAGUCCUCCACACCUACCAGCCAGUCAGAGCGUUCAGAUAUUGAAGGCGCCACACAAGAGGAAACAGAAGAAGUUUCACCAGCCCAAAAACGUAAAGGUCGUCAGUCCAACUGGAACCCGCAACACCUACUCAUUCUACAAGCCCAGUUUGCGUCCAGUUUGAGACAAACAAAUGACGGAAAAUAUAUGAUGUCAGAUUUAAGCCCACAGGAGAGGAUGCACAUCUCCCGUUUUACUGGUCUCUCCAUGACAACGAUAUCCCACUGGUUGGCUAAUGUCAAGUACCAGUUGAGACGAACAGGUGGGACCAAAUUCUUGAAAAACUUGGAUUCAGGUCACCCAGUGUUCUUCUGCAGUGACUGCGCCUCUCAGAUUCGCUCGCCAUCCACGUACGUCAGCCAUUUGGAAUCCCACUUAGGGUUUCGUCUUCGAGACCUGGCUAAGCUUUCUGGAGAGCAGCUACUCAGCCAGAUAUCACAACAUCAUCACCAACGUCAAACCAAAGGACUGUCUGAAAAACUGUUCUCUAAUCUUCACCCUUCCAGCCACCCUUUACCCUCUUCACUACCAAAAUCUCUAUCCUCCACCUCACCAAUCUCCCUGUCCUCUUCAUUAACAACAUCUUUGCCGUUGACUGAAUCCCCUAACUCUCCUGAUGACGACGACAAUGGGGCUGUCUACCAGUGUAAGCUGUGCAAUCGGACUUUUGCAAGUAAGCAUGCAGUUAAGCUUCACCUGAGCAAAACUCAUGGGAAAUCACCUGAAGAUCAUCUCAUGUAUGUAUGUGAGCUGGAAAAACAGUAG